GACUAAGAAGAGUCACCUUUCGCUGAAAAGUUUUAGACGAAGAUUAUGGUAAGUUUGAAGUAUAUUUUAACCUAAUUUUUUUCUUAACUAUGCCAGUUUUUGUGAGUAGACGCGCAUGCGCAGCUACCCACUAUGCGAGAGACCGUAAGCACAAUCCUCUUCGUGUCCGCGGUGUCCUGCUGCGCGGGUCCUUUUAUCCUAGCUUGAAAUACGAAUCGUCUAUAGACCACAAGCUAAGUGCAUAACGCACAUGAUAUAUGUUCAUAGUGUAUAGAGAUGUGUAUAAAUUCUUAGUAAGUAGUAAAGUCUUUAUUUAAUAUGUUUUAUCUGGUUGAAAGUCAUUUCCAACGUAUGUAUUUUAUUAUAGGAUCGAAUAUGUCGUUGUUUAUUUAAUAACGAUUUGUACAAGGGUCAUUGGGGAUACUAUUAGCGCGUUGGGUCUGUUUUAUAUCGUUUUAUGUUAUAUUUAAACACGACAUGUCAGUUUGAUCAAACAUUCUAUACGUAUUAGAAAAAUAAUAAGUAAUAAUAUAGCGCGCGACGAUUGAACGUAUUUUACCAUAUCAAGUAGUGCAAAACUGAAAACCACGUUAAUCUAUAUCGAAGGAAUGUCACAUUUAAAUGCACAAGACUAUUGCAAUAUGAUAUAGAAUCGAGUUAUUCGAGUAUGUUGUUGCUUACAUAAUCUUUGUAGCCUACGUCAUUGGAAUCGGGGCAGGUCUUCACGGUCAGUGAAAUAUAUAUAUAUAUAUAUAUAUAUAUAUAUAUAUAUAUAUAUAUAUAUAUAUAUAUAUAUAUAUAUAUAUAUAUAUAUAUAUAUGUCGAAUGUGUAACUAGCCUAUAAUAUAUAAGUUUGUAUUAUAUUUGUAUUAUAUUUUUCGAAUGCGCUGGUCGAAUGUGUAAAUUAAGGCCAAUAGAAAGCCAAGUACGAUUUACACAAGGGUCGGAGGAAUAUUAGCGCACGAAGUCUUUUUACCAAUACAUAUGAGAUCGAAUAUGUCGUUGUUUAAUCAUCAGUAUAAAUAAAAAAUAUGACGAGUUUUCAACUCAUGUCGAGUUUUCAACUCUGCGGCGGAAAACAUCGUCCUUACUGAAUACUGAUUAGAUAUUUGCAAGGACUAUCCUUGAAAUUCUAACUUUACGAAAAUUGUAUACGCAACCUGUAAACCUGAUCCUCUGAUGUAUGCUGUCCUUGAAUAAGAACUCUUCUUGUGUUAUUUGUUCUUCAUACUGUCUGUAUUUCGUCCUGUGAAGUAUUUUGUUUCGUAUACAUGUAUAUAAUAAUCUUUAAUGAGGAAAGCUUUGUCACAUAUGACGUGAUUUUCACAAAGGUCCUACACAUAGGGAACAUUAUAUAUACAAAUAAUCAUGCAAUUAUAAAAAUCUAAAACUAGUUAAAAGUCCAAAGUCUAAAACUGUAAGUCUGACAGUGCCGUAGCCAGAACGAUAAUUGAGGGGGCACAUAUUCAUAUAUUCGUGUUCUGCUUUAUUAAUUUCUUUUGAAAUCAAUUGUUUUUAUGGUAUGUGAACACGAAUAUAUGAAUAUGUGCCCCCCAAUUAUCGUUCUGGCUACGGUACUGGUAAGUCACGAUGUUCUAAGCAGGCUUUAGGUUAAAAGUUUAUAAAAAAAGAUUUCUCUUAAAAGACACUAGUGUUGGAGCAUUCCUUGUAUCACUGUCUAAAUCAUCAGUUCCAGUCUUUGAUUGUUUGAUAGUUAGUGCGCUGUUUCCCCCAAUUGCGUUUAACUUUAGGUAGCCUUGUGUCCUUAUUUCGAGAGUUAUGACUGUGAAUCUGACUACAUUUAAGAAUGUCUAGAGAAUGCUCCGUAAGACCAUUAACACACUUCCAGAUAUGGAUGCAGCGAUGGAAAUUCCUGCGUCGAUGUAAAUCGAGCCAUUUCAGGGAUGACAGCGCGUCAAUGUUGCCGAUGAGUACAAAGGUCUAUCUAAUAUUAUCUUCGCAGCCUUGUUCUGUAUAUAUAUAUAUAUGAUGGCGCAUGUGUUACAACACGGCCCAUCAACCCAUCCAGACAUGCGCAGAGUGACAUGGGGCCUAAGUGCUCAAACAACCACGAGGGAAGUGAGCUUUGCAUUAAUGCUGAUGGACACCCAAUUUUAUUAAAAUUUUAAAAAUGUGGCUGUUUUAGCAGGUCUGUGGCUGCUUCGCACGUCUACUAAUCUCAAAAAUGUGGCUGUUGGGCAGGUUUGGAGUGAAUAAGCAAUAUUUCAAUUUUCACAAUCAUAUAUUUCUCUCUUAUUGCUCCGAACUUUUCAAUUUCUGCACAAAAAUGCAACCGGACAGGUACUCUGUUAGACUUAAUUUUUGUGUAGAAAGUUCAAACGUUACAGUACCUUUAAGAACGAAAACUUUAUAAAUUAUAUUAUGCUGAACACAGUGCUAAGUUCACGGUAGUUAAUUACAGCAACAUUCUAAACAAAUGAUUUUUUUAGCUGUAAUAAACAUGACCCCUCACUGGUGUCACUGACUAAAAAUAUUAACAGUUAGUAGACAAUUUUAUAUAAUAUAUAUGAUAAUACUUUAUAGAAAAUUCCAUUUCCCGAAAGUGCAAUGGAAUACGUUCCAUUACUCUCUUUGCGAGUGCAAUUAUAUUAUACAAUUUAUUCCAUUGCACUCUUUGUGUUUUCGAUAAAUCCGUAAAAAUGCUUCUCGUACGGUGAUCGCAGUUUAUUUUAACCAAUAUUCAAAGCUCAGUAAAUGGGAUUUAAUGCAAAUACGACUCAUCAACUGGCGGAAGCUUACAGGAAACCUUUUAAUAUUAGUCUAUUUUUGUAUUAUAUAAAAACAAAUAACGAAUGUUUUUAUUCGUGCAAUGGUAAGAAUAUUUUCAUCGAUGAAAGAUGGAAUGUUCCAUUCAACAAGGCUGUCGUCUCGUUGAAUCGAACGUUCCAUCUUUCCCCUCAUGAAAAUUUUCUUACCAUUGCACUCAUAAACAUUCAUUAUUUGUAUAAUGAUGAAGCGCGUUUAGUGUCCAACAUAAAAUUCAGUUUUGUAUCAGAUUACGUUUGCGUUUCAUUGGAGUGAAAUUAUCGAGGGAAAGAAUAUUUGCGUGUGUCAGUGUACUCUGUAUUGUUUAAGUCUAUUAUUGUCUCGGACAAUUUCAAUAAUACCGAAUUUUUUAUCCACAAGUGCGAGUCGAUACUGAUGCGAAUCGCCUUUAAUGUUUUCCACUAGUACUAAGGGGAAAUGAAAAUUCCGCUCCACAUGGAAUUAAGGGCCUGUUCAUAUGGGCAGAAGUUAUCCCGGUUAGCGAGAAAACUUUUCGACAAGUUUACGAGCGAGAUCUCGCCUUGUUACGAAAAUAAUAUGAAAAGUUACAUUGCGUUCAUAUGAAACGAAAAGUUUUCCCGUGUACCGAGAUCUCGCUUGUUGACAGGCGAGAUCUCGGUGACCGGGAUAAUGUUUUCCCCAUAUGAACACAACUUUCCCGCUUAGCGGGAUAACUUUUUGUCGUGUCAGCAACUUUUCAAUUCAAUUGAUGUUCAUUGCUAUGUCACAGCCGGAAACUUUUCCGAUCCCGGUAAGUGGGAUAAUACUUCUCCAUAUGAACAGAACAAAAGUAUUUGGCUGGUCGAAAAGUUCUCUCGUUAACCGGGAUAACUUUUGCCCAUAGAACAGGCCCUAAGCCAACGAACAAUAUCAGUGUAGUACCAAAAUAUAUACUUUUUGUAAGAUAUUUGCAUCAUUUCAAAUGUCUAACAUGCAGUUUUUUUAUAGUUUCAUUUUUGACGUGGUAUGAACGAAAUGGUUAAAUUAUUAACGAAUCUAUGCCUUGACGUCCUUUAUAAUUAUGGCAAAUCAAUUACCAAUCGUUUUCCAAAAAGUGGUAGAGAAGUAAGAGAAGAACGAAGAGCACAGUUUACAUUUUACCAUGUUAUGAAAGUAUUCAAAUUGUGGGAUUUAUCCAAUUUUAUCCAACGGUGUGAAAAUGACCAUACCAUAUGGAAUAUCCGUAUACAAGAUAUAAACAACUCUGACUUUCUCACAUUAGCACUUUGUCUUGAGUCGCCAGCAGAAUUUGAAAGAUUUAAAGCAUUUCUCCGACAUCUAAUCUCUAACUGGUCUCAGGAUAUUAAAGUACAAAAACUCGACAAUGGUCACCUAAGUUUUGUAGUCACUCAACCAGCGGUAGUACUAUUACAUAUCUUCCCUCAAGACCACACAAAGUUCGAUGAACAUUGCAGAUUUUCCACUUUAAAAUUAUCUCAUGUCGGAACCGUAUCGAAAACCAUCGGGCUUAUGAUCAAAAAAUUUUGUUUGUGUGUACUUAACGAACCUGAAAAACUGUCGAGAAACAUAGGGGGGAAAUGUCAAACUGAAGAAGCAAGCAGAGAACAAAGUCCUGACGAAUAUCCUGAAUUUCCAGGAAACGAUAUAUUUACAACUGAUUAUUACUAUUACGACAACAUACCUUCUGAUUUGCUACUUCGGCAACUUAACCAAGCUUAUAUUUCAACAUGCAACGUUGGUGAAAAGUCGCAGACUCAAUUUGAAGAUGAUUGGCUUCCUUUCAAUUCACUCUCCAGUCAAAGCUUACAGAAUCAAAGAUCGGAAGUUGAACGUUUGAAAAUGGAAAAAGAAAAGACGAAGAAAACAAUUGAGAAACUAACCUAUGACUUCGAAGGUCAAAGCACAGUUUUGCGGCUACAAAUUAAUAAGUUAAUUGAUCAAAACAAAAAGAUGGCAGUGAUAAUUUCUGAAAAAGAAGCUGAGAUAGAGGAAAUGUUUUUAGAAUUUGGCCGUUUAAAUGUGGAAUUAACCAGAGUACAGAAUUUAAAGAAAAGAGAUGAGCUUUUUAAUAAAACGUACAAGUUCCAUUCAGCUUCCACUCAGACGUCAGGGAUUUCAGAAUGGUCGAAUUCAUCGUUAGAUGCAAGGGUAUCGAGUGAUCAGGCAGAGCUGAGAAAUAAUCAAGUUGAAAGUCAUUAUGGGCAAGAGUCACUUAACGAAACAGCAAGUCUAACUGAUAUGCCACAUACUGCUGUAGAUGGAAAUAUCCAUAACAAUUAUAAACUCUUGUUACUGCGAAUAUCUCACAAUCUCCUAAAGGAGGAUGUCAUAAAACUAAAAGAAUGGGUGGACACUGAAUUUGAAAUCGAUACUUCUCGAAGUGUGAACGAAAUUUUUCUCGAACUAGAUCGUAAGAAAAUCAUCAGUAUUACUGAUCUUAUUCGACUGAAAAAAUUCUUUGAGGAUAACUUAAGAUAUGAUUUUGUACAUCUUAUUGAUUGUUAUCUUCUUGGAGAAUACUCACAGCUAAAGAUUGCCAAGACAAGUGAAAGAUUAGGACCAUUUAAUCGAGGUUCAAACGCGAAGAUUGGAUUAACUUCUCGGAGAUUUGGUCACUCACCAUCAGCACAACGGCCAUCACGUUCAACAACAAGAGGGCGUUCCACAGAGAUGUCACGUGGUCCAGCAGAUCAGUCACGGGAUAAUGCACAUGGCUUUCAAAGGAAAUUUCAGGGAUUAUCACAAGUAAACUCGAAUGAUAUUGGAGAGAAUACUGGAGGUAUAUCAAGUUCUACACAAUAUCAUACCCAGAGAUCUAUUGCUCUAAAUGGCCUUGGCUCGAAUACACGUAGACCUCAUCCUGUGACUUCAUCUAGUUGUGGCAAGGAAACUGUAAGUAACAGUAGCACUACUUCGCAAGGUGUGGUAGUCACUGAUGGUGGAAGAAGCGAGCACGGUGAAGGUAGAUUAACUAAUUGUUAAAGUAUUCAAACUUUGGGGUUCAGUGAUGAACGCUGUGUGGUCAGUGGCGUAACGCAACCUCCUGAGGUCCCCGUCAAAUUUUUAAGUGGGGAGGGGCCUAUUUUCCCCCAAACUGGGAAAAGCAAAAAACAAUUUUUCCCCUUCUAUUCUACAAAACAGAGUCCGAAUUUCACAAUUUGACCAAUUUCUGCUUUUGGGGCCCAGCUGUUGCAAAUUUUAGUGCCCAGGACAAUUUGCCCAAUUAUUAGCAAAAAUGUUGUGUUCAUUAUUGCCGGAGGCUCCCUAGGGUUGGGGGGAGCCCUUCACUGGACACACGCCACUGUGUGUGGUUAUUGGAAACCGGUGUUGUUCGUAUUCAUCUAAAGCGAUGUUUAGAUCCUCGCCAGUUGGCCUAGAUUCAGGAAAUCCUGAGAUAAACCCGAUGUCCUAUUUAUAUAUUUUAAGUGUAUCACUGAUCUAAUGUUUACUGUUAGAUCACCGCAGUGUAUUUAUUUAUCUGUGUAUUUUGUCUCCCACAGUUCAGGCCAGCAGUCGAACUGCACGUGGCGAUCAAAUUAGUACUUCGCGUGGCAGCAAUGGACACAAAUUGUCAAAAUUCCAACCACCUGAUGCGGAUGAGGACGGCCAAUGGUUAUGCAGUCAUUACAAACGACGUUGUUACGUGAAAUUUGAAUGUUGCAACAAGUUUUGGCCAUGUCAUCGUUGCCAUAACAACCAAAGUACGUGUGGCAGGAGAAAGCUUAAGUCACGUGACACGAAGCAGAUCAAGUGUUUUGCUUGUGGUCAAGAACAACGG